AUAGUCAACAGCAAUAUACUGAUUCUUAUUAAACGUGCUUCUCCUCACACAGAUGUUCUUACUUUGGCCGGUGGAGAGCUUCAGGAGCUGAGCUCUAAGUGUAACUUCUUCCCUGACCCAUCAACCUUCAGCAGUGACGACAUGUCACAGGAUUUUGGUAUCCCUCGUACCUCCAGCAUUGCCAAAUCCAAACGUCCUUCAGUCUCUUUCGCAGAGGGCACAAAGUUCAGUCCUAAAGAGUGCCGUAACUUGACUCAAGACCUGCCAGGAACAAGUCGGAAACCCAAGGCCUGGGGCGUGCUGAUGAUCUCUGCCCUGCAAGGAGGACAGGGAAACCACAGUGAAACAGAAACAGAAAAAGAAGAGAAAAACCAUGAGGAGACCAUCUCCUCUGAGGAGCAAGCAGCUGCAUCUGAAACAACACAAACUGACUCGGAAAGAUACAGUUCUGGCCCACUAAGAACUCACCUCACUGUGCCCAGUGGGAGACGAUGUACACUUUCCAAUACCAGGAAGAAUGCCCAACCGUCUGAUAGCGGCCAGGAUACAGAUUCAGAGAAGUUAACAACUGUAUAUGUAACUGUGGGUAAGACCCAAAAGAUGGCCAAGCAAGAACCCCCCUCAGAAGGGCCUGUUCAGGCGAUGCUGCGCAGACUGGGCAGCCUACAGAGACAAAGAGAGGAGGCCGCCCAGCCCAAAGGUAGGGGGCAGGCGAUCGCCAAGCCACCACGGAGGAAACUGGGAGCACGGGCCAGUGCGUGGGAGCAAGCUACAGGGUCAAACCAGUCAGAGGUGGUCAUGAGGAAACCUAGUCGCAGGAAGCACAACUCCCUCAGCUCUCCCUGCACAGUGGGGGCAACAGACUUUCCUCAGGAGAACUGCACCCCCAAGAGGCCGUUGUCCUCCAUUUUAAAAAGUGUUCCAGAGAGUGAUACACUCCAUA